ACAAAAAUUAGGUUGCUGUUUUUCUGCAAUCUCAAAAAAGAGAGCCAAAAUAACCAAAAACAAACAAUCUCUUUGUUCAACCCGCCAUAAUUACCGUUUAAGCAUCUCUGAUUCCAUUUCCCUAUCAUGAAUGCCACAAAAUCCCUCGCAAAUUCAAACCCUAAACCUUCUUCCUAUAACAAUGUCUUCGAAGCCGUAUUUUCGCCAACUAUCCGUUGUUACCCUCUCACCAUUUUUGUUUCCCUUUAUGGCAUCAACAUUCAUUUUGAAUCAACCUUUUGAAAUGAAUUUCCACCGAUUCAAAUCAUUCAUUUGUUUUUGUUGGAUGGUGAAUUCUAGGGUUUUGAUCCGAGAGCUUGGUAAUGAAGUGUUGAUUUUUUCUUCUACCCAAGUCAUGGCAGCUGUACAUUUAGACAAAAUUGUGACCUCUAUAAGAUCCAAAACUUUCUUUUCUCCUCACAUCACAUCUCACUGCAUUUUCAAACUUUGAUAGAGGAUUUGGGUGCUGGAUGGGAUCAAUGGAGAAUGUUUCCGUACCAAAAAUGGAAGAGGAAAAGUUUGAAUUUCCAGUUGGUUUUCGAUUCCAUCCAACAGAUGAAGAACUCAUAAAUCAAUACCUUGUCAAGAAGGUUGAUUACAAUAGCUUCUGUGCUAUAGCUAUUGCUGAAGUUGAUAUGAAUAAGUGUGAACCAUGGGAUUUGCCUGAGUUGGCUAAAAUGGGAGAAACAGAAUGGUAUUUUUUCUGUAUGAGGGACAGAAAAUACCCAACUGGUCAAAGGACAAACAGGGCUACUCUUGCCGGCUAUUGGAAGGCCACAGGCAAAGACAGAGAGAUUUUCAAGGAAAAUGCAUUAAUUGGGAUGAAGAAAACACUGGUUUUCUACAAGGGAAGAGCCCCAAAAGGUGAAAAAACCAAUUGGGUCAUGCAUGAAUUCAGAUUGGAUGGUAUCAAUCUUUCCGAGCAAAAUCUAUCCAAACCAGGAAUGGGUGAAUGGGUUAUCUGCAGAGUCUAUGAGAAGGGUGAUUAUGGAAAGAAAGUGCAUGGUCCAAAACUUGGAAGGUUUGACUCUAAAGAAGGAGCAUCAACUACUAAUUCACUGUUGCCUCCAUUGAUGGAUUCUUCUCUAUACAAAAGCGAAACAAAGUUCACUACUGGUGAGUUCUCUCCGGUGAAUUCUUUCUCCAUUCCAAAUCAAACUCAGAAUCAGAAAACACUAGAUGACAUUGUUGAUAACAAUGGAACUAGUAUCUUGAACAUUUCAUGCUCUUCAAAAGCCAUUGAUGAUUACCCUCUAGCUGAAGCAGCAUUUGCAGUCUCCAAUCAAUCUUCACAGGUUGCACCCCAGAUUGGGAAUCCACAGUAUUCAAAUUGCUUUUUGUCUCAAGAACAGUCCAUGUUGAGGAUGCAGCUGGAGAAUGAGAAUCUUGAAUCAAGUGCAAAGCAAUGUGUAAAAGCAGAUUUCUCUGUAGGGAGAGAUUUUGAUAGUGAUAUCUCCUCAGUGGUGUUUGGAAGGGACAUACUUCAGAGGUGGUUUGGAAAUCCAGAAUUAUCACCAGCUUCUACAGGGCCUGUGGUCACUGAUAGCUUGUGGAAUUUCUGAUUAAUUAAGGCUCAAGAAUAUCAUGCAGUUUUAUAAUAAAGAAAAAUAUGGCAUGUACAUUAUGCAUUGUAGCGGAAAAACAACAGGUGCUAACGUGUCUGUCUAUCUGUUUUUAUGUUGUUUUACUUAUAUUUUAUUGGGUUGUACUCUAUAAUGUUUUUUUUAGUUCAAUCCGCAUGUUUCAGAUUCAUAAUAUCUAUGUUAUUUGAACUUAUUUAAAAUUUCAAUA